AUGCGUCGGUCUACCUCCCGGAGGUGUUUCCUCAGUGACCUUGGAUCAUUCUUUAUUAAUCGUUCAAUUAGCACGUCCCUCAUCGAUAUUGCCCCGGAAGUUCAGGAAGUAUUGCGGGAAGCACCGCAAUCGCUAGUGGCACUAGAAUCAACCAUCAUAACCCACGGUAUGCCGUAUCCACAAAAUCUAGAGACGGCGCUAGAGGUAGAACAAAUUGUGCGCCAGGAGGGUGCCGUUCCAGCAACGAUCGCUAUUGUGGGAGGCCGCAUAAAAGUGGGUCUCGGAGCGGAUCAGCUGCGGUUGUUGGCAAGGACAGAUAAAAGUGAAUGCUUGAAAACUUCUCGGCGCGACAUGGCGUAUGUCCUAGCGACGGGCCGGCAUGGGGGAACGACGGUGGCCGGUACGCUGCUCGUAGCUGAGGCCGUCGGAAUACGGAUCUUUGCAACCGGUGGUAUCGGUGGUGUGCACCGCGAGGGUGAGCGGACGAUGGACAUUUCGGCGGAUCUCGUCGAGCUUGGCCGGUGCCCGGUGGCGGUUGUUUCGAGUGGCGUGAAAUCGAUCCUGGACAUCCCGAGAACAUUGGAAUAUUUGGAAACACAGGGGGUGUGCGUGGCAACGUUCGGGUGCCGUAAUUGUGACUUCCCAGCAUUCUACACUCGGACCAGCGGGUCCAAGGCUCCGUACAACCUGGCCGACGCAGCCGAGGCCGCGAAAGUGCUGCACAUCAACGGGCAGCUUGGUGUGCGCUCUGGCAUUCUGAUCGGUGUCCCGAUACCGGAACGCCAUGCCAUGAAUCGCACCCAAAUGGAGUCAGCGAUUGACCAGGCGCUGCAGGACGCCCAGCAGGGACAGGUUCAAGGGAAAGAAGUCACGCCGUUCAUAUUGGCAGCCGUUUCAAAAUUGACAAAAGGCAAAAGUCUCGAAGCCAAUAUGGCGUUGAUAAAAAACAACGCCAGUGUUGCGGCGCAAAUCGCAGUGGAACUAAGUCGGCUUGAAAACGGCUUAACGCACCGUCAUGCAGCCGGUGGCUCGCAAUCACCAGUCGUCAUCGGCGGCUCCGUGAUCGACGUCAGCAUGAACGUGAUGGAAGAUGACUUUAAGUUAAAAACGGCCACACGGCGCAAACAUCAAUGUGCGGCGCCCCCGCUAUCUUUAGGGUCCUAA